AUGACUUUGACCUGGGUAAGACGUAGCUUGUCAUACUGCAUGUAUGACUUUGACCUGGUUAAGACAAAGCUUGUCGUACUGAAUGACUUUGACCUGGGUAAGACGAAGCUUGUCGUACUGAAUGACUUUGACCUGGGUAAGACGAAGCUUGUCAUACUGAAUGACUUUGACCUGGGUAAGACGAAGCUUGUCGUACUGAAUGACUUUGACCUGGGUAAGACGAAGCUUGUCAUACUGAAUGACUUUGACCUGGGUAAGACGAAGCUUGUCAUACUGAAUGACUUUGACCUGGGUAAGACAAAGCUUGUCAUACUGAAUGACUUUGACCUGGGUAAGACGAAGCUUGUCAUACUGAAUGACUUUGACCUGGGUAAGACGAAGCUUGUCAUACUGAAUGACUUUGACCUGGGUAAGACGAAGCUUGUCAUACUGAAUGACUUUGACCUGGGUAAGACGAAGCUUGUCAUACUGAAUGACUUUGACCUGGGUAAGACGAAGCUUGUCAUGGGUAAGACGAAGCUUGUCAUACUGAAUGACUUUGACCUGGGUAAGACGAAGCUUGUCAUACUGAAUGACUUUGACCUGGGUAAGACGAAGCUUGUCAAACUGAAUGACUUUGACCUGGGUAAGACGAAGCUUGUCAUACUGAAUGACUUUGACCUGGGUAAGACGAAGCUUGUCAUACUGAAUGACUUUGACCUGGGUAAGACGAAGCUUGUCAUACUGAAUGACUUUGACCUGGGUAAGACGAAGCUUGUCAUACUGAAUGACUUUGACCUGGGUAAGACGAAGCUUGUCAUACUGAAUGACUUUGACUUUGACCUGGGUAAGACGAAGCUUGUCAUACUGAAUGACUUUGACCUGGGUAAGACGAAGCUUGUCAUACUGAAUGACUUUGACCUGGGUAAGACGAAGCUUGUCAUACUGAAUGACUUUGACCUGGGUUAGACAAAGCUUGUCGUACUGAAUGACUUUGACCUGGGUAAGACGAAGCUUGUCGUACUGAAUGACUUUGACCUGGGUAAGACGAAGCUUGUCAUACUGAAUGACUUUGACCUGGGUAAGACGAAGCUUGUCAUACUGAAUGACUUUGACCUGGGUAAGACGAAGCUUGUCAUACUGAAUGACUUUGACCUGGGUAAGACGAAGCUUGUCAUACUGAAUGACUUUGACCUGGGUAAGACGAAGCUUGUCAUACUGAAUGACUUUGACCUGGGUUAGACAAAGCUUGUCGUACUGAAUGACUUUGACCUGGGUAAGACGAAGCUUGUCGUACUGAAUGACUUUGACCUGGGUAAGACGAAGCUUGUCAUACUGAAUGUACUCAGCCUCUACUGGGUUGUCACUGAAGAUUCACCAACAGACAAUAAUACUACAUGGCCACUCAGCACCAGACAUGAUUGUCAAGAUCAUUGGAGGCUGCUGAGGGGAGGACGGCUCAUAAUAAUGUCUGGAACGGAGCGACUGGAAUGGCAUCAAACACAUGGAAACCAAUGGUUUGAUAUAUUUGAUACCAUUCCACUGAUUCCGCACCAGCCAUUACCACCAGCCCGUCCUCCCCAAUUAAGGUGCCACCAACCUCCUUUGGUCAAGACUUUGUUGUAUGAAAGCUCUCCAGAACUGUUUCAAAUCCUCUCUCUCUCUCUCUGUCAUCACCAGGCUUUGAUUGAUUGAUUGACUGACUGACUAAACCGGGUUGUUUUUGCUCCGUCACCAGGCUAUGUCCAGGGUAUGAGUGACCUGCUGUCUCCUAUUCUCUAUGUGAUGGAGAACGAGGUGGACGCCUUCUGGUGCUUUGUCUGCUUCAUGGACCAGAUGGUGAGACUGACAACAUAGAACUAGAUAUACUAGAACAUACGUAAUAUAGAAAUAUAAUUACUAUAAUGGACAAAGCCCCUCAGACCAAAGCAAAUUAAUUGAGGCUGUCCGUUCUAGUAAUUCCAUGUCUAAGACGGCACAGUUCUCCCUGUUUAUCAAGAGAGAGGCCAACUAGGUCAGUGUUGGUAGAGUGUGACCUGAUUACCUGACCACGCUGGGUUCCCAUGGUGCAUUUCACAAAGGAUGCAUCUAUGACCACUCCCCCAUAGCCUCCACCAAUGGCUGAGCAGAGCUUCAUGGUUCCACCAAUGGCUGACCAGUGUCUAUCAGCUGAGAAGGUGUGGCUGUCUUCUGACCAAUCAUUUCCACUCCACUGAGGUUACCGAUCACCCUCAUGCUUUUUGAUGCCACUCCUUGUCACUCCCUGCCCUAUGAUUUGUGUUCUAUUUCCCUUAGUAGUAUUAUCCAACCUUAUGACAUCACUACAGCUCUAUGAUUUGUGUUCUGAAUUAGUUUGUUUUUCUAUCUUAUUAUCCAACCUGUUAUAACACCAUCCAGCUUCCUGUCUGUUCUGUUACAACACCAUCCAGAUUCCUGUCUGUUCUCUGUUACAACACCAUCCAGCUUCCUGUCUGUUCUCUGUUACAACACCAUCCAGCUUCCUGUCUGUUCUCUGUUACAACACCAUCCAGCUUCCUGUCUGUUCUGUUACAACACCAUCCAGCUUCCUGUCUGUUCUCUGUUACAACACCAUCCAGCUUCCUGUCUGUUCUGUUACAACACCAUCCAGCUUCCUGUCUCUUCUCUGUUACAACACCAUCCAGCUUCCUGUCUGUUCUGUUACGACACCAUCCAGCUUCCUGUCUGUUCUGUUACAACACCAUCCAGCUUCCUGUCUGUUCUGUUACAACACCAUCCAGCUUCCUGUCUGUUCUGUUACAACACCAUCCAUCUUCCUGUCUGUUGUCUGUUACAACACCAUCCAGCUUCCUGUCUGUUCUGUUACAACACCAUCCAGCUUCCUGUCUGUUCUCUGUUACAACACCAUCCAGCUUCCUGUCUGUUCUGUUACAACACCAUCCAGCUUCCUGUCUGUUCUCUGUUACAACACCAUCCAGCUUCCUGUCUGUUCUGUUACAACACCAUCCAGCUUCCUGUCUGUUCUCUGUUACAACACCAUCCAGCUUCCUGUCUGUUCUCUGUUACAACACCAUCCAGCUUCCUGUCUGUUCUGUUACAACACCAUCCAGCUUCCUGUCUGUUCUCUGUUACAACACCAUCCAGCUUCCUGUCUGUUCUGUUACAACACCAUCCAGCUUCCUGUCUCUUCUCUGUUACAACACCAUCCAGCUUCCUGUCUGUUCUGUUACGACACCAUCCAGCUUCCUGUCUGUUCUGUUACAACACCAUCCAGCUUCCUGUCUGUUCUGUUACAACACCAUCCAGCUUCCUGUCUGUUCUGUUACAACACCAUCCAUCUUCCUGUCUGUUGUCUGUUACAACACCAUCCAGCUUCCUGUCUGUUCUGUUACAACACCAUCCAGCUUCCUGUCUGUUCUCUGUUAUAACACCAUCCAGCUUCCUGUCUGUUCUCUGUUAUAACACCAUCCAGCUUCCUGUCUGUUCUGUUACAACACCAUCCAGCUUCCUGUCUGUUCUCUGUUACAACACCAUCCAGCUUCCUGUCUGUUCUGUUACAACACCAUCCAGCUUCCUGUCUGUUCUGUUACAACACCAUCCAGCUUCCUGUCUGUUCUGGUACAACACCAUCCAGCUUCCUGUCUGUUCUCUGUUAUAACACCAUCCAGCUUCCUGUCUGUUCUCUGUUACAACACCAUCCAGCUUCCUGUCUGUUCUGUUACAACACCAUCCAGCUUCCUGUCUGUUCUCUGUUAUAACACCAUAAAGCUUCCUGUCUGUUCUCUGUUACAACACCAUCCAGGUUCCUGUCUGUUCUGUUACAACACCAUCCAGCUUCCUGUCUGUUCUGUUAUAACACCAUCCAGCUUCCUGUCUGUUCUGUUACAACACCAUCCAGCUUCCUGUCUGUUCUGUUACAACACCAUCCAGCUUCCUGUCUGUUCUGUUACAACACCAUCCAGCUUCCUGUCUGUUCUCUGUUAUAACACCAUAAAGCUUCCUGUCUGUUCUCUGUUACAACACCAUCCAGGUUCCUGUCUGUUGUCUGUUACAACACCAUCCAGGUUCCUGUCUGUUCUGUUAUAACACCAUCCAGCUUCCUGUCUGUUCUGUUACAACACCAUCCAGCUUCCUGUCUGUUCUGUUACAACACCAUCCAGCUUCCUGUCUGUUCUGUUACAACACCAUCCAGCUUCCUGUCUGUUCUGUUAUAACACCAUCCAGCUUCCUGUCUGUUACAACACCAUCCAGCUUCCUGGUAACCAUCUAGCUUCUGUUGUUUAUAACACCAUCUAGCUUCCUGUCUGUUCUGUUACAGCACUAUCCAGCUUCCUGUCUGUUCUGUUACAACACCAUCCAGCUUCCUGUCUGUUCUGUUACAACACCAUCCAGCUUCCUGUCUGUUCUGUUACAACACCAUCCAGCUUCCUGUCUGUUCUGUUACAACACCAUCCAGCUUCCUGUCUGUUCUGUUACAGCACCAUCCAGCUUCCUGUCUGUUACAACACCAUCCAGCUUCCUGUCUGUUCUGUUACAAAACCAUCCAGCUUCCUGUCUGCUUUCUGUUACAACACCAUCCAGCUUCCUGUCUGUUGUCUGUUACAGCACCAUCCAGCUUCCUGUCUGUUACAACACCAUCCAGCUUCCUGUCUGUUCUGUUACAACACCAUCCAGCUUCCUGUCUGUUUUCUGUUACAACACCAUCCAGCUUCCUGUCUGUUGUCUGUUACAGCACCAUCCAGCUUCCUGUCUGUUACAACACCAUACAGCUUCAUGUCUGUUCUGUUACAACACCAUCCAGCUUCCUGUCUGCUGUCUGUUACAACACCAUCCAGCUUCCUGUCUGUUGUCUGUUACAACACCAUCCAGCUUCCUGUCUGUUCUCUGUUACAACACCAUCCAGCUUCCUGUCUGUUCUGUUACAACACCAUCCAGCUUCCUGUCUGUUCUGUUACAACACCAUCCAGCUUCCUGUCUGUUCUCUGUUACAACACCAUCCAGCUUCCUCUGUUACAGCACCAUCCAGCUUCCUGUCUGUUCUGUUACAGCACCAUCCAGUUUCCUGUCUGUUACAACACCAUCCAGCUUCCUGUCUGUUGUCUGUUACAACACCAUCCAGCUUCCUGUCUGCUGUCUGUUACAACACCAUCCAGCUUCCUGUCUGUUCUCUGUUACAACACCAUCCAGCUUCCUGUCUGUUCUCUGUUACAACACCAUCCAGCUUCCUGUCUGUUCUCUGUUACAACACCAUCCAGCUUCCUGUCUGCUUUCUGUUACAAUACCAUCCAGCUUCCGGUCUGUUACAACGCCAUCCAGCUUCCUGUCUGUUACAACACCAUCCAGCUUCCUGUCUGUUACAACACCAUCCAGCUUCCUGUCUGUUACAACACCAUCCAGCUUCCUGUCUGUUACAACACCAUCCAGCUUCCUGUCUGUUACAACACCAUACAGCUUCCUGUCUGUUACAACACCAUCCAGCUUCCUGUCUGUUCUCUGUUACAACACCAUCCAGCUUCCUGUCUGUUACGACACCAUCCAGCUUCCUGUCUGUUACCUCUAUUCUGUCUUCCACAUGGCUACUGAAGUCAUCUAAAGGGGAUUUCGUGUUCAUGAACCAUUCAUAGCUUUAUAGAUACUGUAGCCCAGGGCUGGUCUAGGGCUGGUCUUCCCUGGUAAACAGCUAUACACACACUCACAGGUUAGGAUAAACAGCAGUCAUGUUAAUAUUACUCGGCUGAGUGGUCUUGUACCUGACAGGCCCUCAUUAUUCAAAGGAAACCCAAAGACCAUGUCAUCUCCAGUGCUCUGACUGUCAUCCCACCCAUUAAUACAUCAAACAUGGCUACAUCAGGGUUUAUUGAUAUAAACACCUGCCAGCUAGCAACUUGUUAGUGGGGAAGGGAAAAGGAGUAGAGAGCAUCAAUAUGGUGUGAUGUGUUAUGUGACUGGCCGACAGACUGGCUGGCCGACUGACUGGCUGGCCGACUGACUGGCUGGCUGGCCGACUGACUGGCUGGCUGGCCGACUGACUGGCUGGCUGGCUGGCCGACUGACUGGCUGGCCGACUGACUGGCUGGCCGGCUGACUGACUGGCUGGCCGACCGGCCUACUAGCUGACUAGCUGGCCGACUGACUGACUGGACACCCUUUCAAAUUAGUGGAUUCUGCUAUUUCAGCCACACCCGUUGCUGACAGGUGUAUAAAAUCGAGCACACAGCCAUGCAAUCUCCAUAGACAAAACAGUGGCAGUACAAUGGCCUUACUGAAGAGCUCAGUGACUUUCAACAUGGCACCGUCGUAGGAUGCCACCUUUCCAACAAGUCAGUUCGUCAAAUGUCUGCCCUGCUAGAGCUGCCCCGGUCAACUGUAAGUGCUGUUAUUGUGAAGUGGAAACGUCUCGGAGCAACAACGGCUCAGCCGUGAAGUGGUAGGCCACACAAGCUCACAGAACGGGACCGCCGAGUGCUGAAGCGUGUAAAGAUCAUUAGUCCUCGUUUGCAACACUCACUUCCGAGUUCCAAACUGCCUCUGGAAGCAACGUCAGCACAAUAACUGUUAGUCGGGAGCUUCAUGAAAUUGGUUUCCAUGGCCGAGCAGCCACACAUAAGCCUAAGAUCACCAUGCGCAAUGCCAAGCGUCAGCUGGAGUGGUGUAAAGCUCGCCGCCAUUGGACUCUGGAGCAGUGGAAACGCGUUUUAUGGAGUGAUGAAUCAUGCAUCACCAUCUGGCAGUCCGGACGGACGGAUCUGGGUUUGGUGGAUGCCAGGAGAACGCUACCUGCCCAAGUGCAUAGUGGCAACUGUAAAGUGAUGAGGAGGAGGAAUAAUGGUCUGGGGCUGUUUUUCAUGUUUCGGGCUAGACCCUUUAGUUCCAGUGAAUGUAAAUCUUAACGCUACAGCAUACAAUGAUAUUCUAGACGAUUCUGUGCUUCCAACUUUGUGGCAACAGUUUGGGGAAGGCCCUUUCCUGUUUCAGCAUGACAAUGCCCCCGUGCACAAAGCGAGGUCCAUACAGAAAUGGUUUGUUGAGAUCGGUGUGGAAGAACUUGACUGGCCUGCACGGAGCCCUGACCUCAACCCAUUGAACACCUUUUGGGAUGAAUUGGAACGCCGACUGCGAGCCAGGCCUAAUCGCCCAACAUCAGUGCCCGACCUCACUAAUGCUCUUGUGGCUGAAUGGAAGCAAGUCCCCGCAGCAAUGUUCCAACAUCUAGUGGAAAGCCUUCCCAGAAGAGUGGAGGCUGUUAUAGCAGCAAAGGGGGGGACCAACUCCAUAUUAAUGCCCAUGAUUUUGGAAUGAGAUGUUCGACGAGCAGGUGUCCACAUACUGUUGGUCAUGUAGUGUAUCUGUCUAUAUAGUAUACCUGUCUAUAUAGUGUUAAUGUAUUGCUAUGUUGUCUAAAUUCUCAGCACCAGAACUUUGAGGAGCAGAUGCAGGGUAUGAAGACUCAGCUGAUCCAGCUCAGCACUCUGCUACGACUACUGGACCUGUCUUUCUGGAACUACCUGGGUGAGGGGAAAACACACACACACACACACCACACACCACACACCACACACACACACACACACACACACACACACACACACACACACACACACACAGGGCAUGCUUAAAAAAGUUUUCCUUCCAGAAAAUGAAAUGUAGUGUUUCUUAUUGUAGUCCCGGUUGUCCAGUCCCUGCCUGUUUCAAUCCAUUUUCUUCCGUUCGGUGCCUAAUGAAUAACACCCAUUACUACCAUUUAGAAUCCACAGAAUGGAACAUUCACCGUGACAACGGAACACGCGUUCAUCCCCAUCAUAAGGGUACUAGAUAAUCAUCUUGAUAGAGCCAAUGAAAUAUUACCCCUGUGUGUUCUCUCUCUCUCUCUCUCUCUCUCAAGUGACGACACCACAUUUGUCUUCGUAGAAAAACAAGAGGUUAUCCAAGUUGAACUAAGACUUCCUAAUGAGAUAAAUAUGUGUGUUCCGUUCGGAGAGUCUUUCCUAUUUGCUAGAGGUUGUAGGGGUCAGCUGCAUCCCUAAACAGUCCCUGAUAAGUUGUGGUGAAUUAGGCUGUUUAAAUACGGCUAGCGCCACGGUGCGAUCUGAUUGGCACGAUGUUGAUUUAUCACCGCAUACUUUAUAAUCAUUCAUUUUCUUGAUUAAUUUGGGCUCGCUCAGCCAGCCUACUAAAACUGCUCUGCUGUUCGUUACCUCCCGGGAUAACAACAACCGCUCCUUUGGAAUUUAGAGAGCUUCCAAGAACAAUAAACCAAGUAAAUUCAAUAAUAUGUAAAUGAGUUGUUGUUAUUUAUCGCUUUAAUUUGAGCAGGGAAGAGGAGGAUGAGGAGGACGACGAUGAUUGUCUUUUUUUUGGGGGGGUGAAGAAGAGAUGGAGGGGUGGGAAGGAAAAAGAGGCUUAAGGUCCUGUCUCUAUGAUUGGUUGACUUAAUUUACGAGCUUCCACCACCUCCUCAACCCUCUUUCACCUCCUCACUAUUGACCUUCCUUCAUCUCCUUGAUCAGACAUACUCACAACUCUGACAACUUGGGAGUGGAUUUAACCCUCUCAGUGAUGGUUGGGUCUAAGACAAUGGCUUUUCAGCUCAUGGUGUCUGAAGACAAUACCCGAGAUGUUGGGUUCCCUUCAUUCUAACCUUCUUAUGAUGUACCUCUGCUAACGUGUGUGUGUGUGUGUGUGUGUGUGUGUGUGUGUGUGUGUGCGUGUGUGUGCGUGUGCGUCCAUCCUACAGGGGCCCAGGACUCCGGUCACCUGUAUUUCUGCUUCCGCUGGCUCCUGAUUCGCUUCAAGAGAGAACUGAGUUACCCUGACGUCCUGCGUCUAUGGGAAGUGAGUCACACACCUUCACCACGUUCAAGGCGUUGACUGUUAAUCAAUCGGCUGUUCCUCUAGUGAAUCGGUCAGCCCACACAGUCAAUUCAGCCAAUAAAUCAGAGACCAAUCAGUCGGUACAGGGAGCACUUGACCAAUCAGUGGGCUCUCUGGUCCUGCUGCUCCUCAGGCUCUCCUCCUCCUUCAAACUCCCCAGAGAUGAAUCAGUAACCUGAUUUAAAUGGCCCGUAGUUUAGUUUUAAUUUAAUCAUCUCUCCAUUGGUCCAGAGGCAUCGUGAGGAAACACAAGCCAAUUUAAGAUUCAUUUAAUGAUGUUUCACAGAAUCACAACAAUUUGUUUGGUAUAUGAGAAAUAAUGAUGCAGAUAUUGUAUAACACACACACACACACAGACACACACACACACACACACUGACUCUGAUUGUCUCUGGGUUGGCUUCAGGUCAUGUGGACUGGACUGCCGUGCCAGAACUUCCACCUGCUGGUGUGCUGUGCCAUCCUGGACUCAGAGAAGCACAAGAUCAUGGAGGAACAAUACGGCUUCAAUGAGAUCCUCAAGGUGCGUGUGUGUGUGUGUGUGUGUGUGUGUGUGUGUGUGUGUGUGUGUGUGUGUGUGUGUGUGUGUGUGUGUGUGUGUGUGUGUGUGUGUGUGCAA